ACAUUGGCCCCAUCAUAACCUGUAACUGCCACAUGGUAAGUUACAGACAUUGGCCAUUAUAGCACAAAAUGCACCACGUUUAAAAAUGCACAUUGGACUUAAUAACUCAUUUUUGUAAAAAAUUGACAUUGGCCCUUUUAGAACCAAGCAACAGAAUUAAUAUGCUAAUUAAGCUCUUAUUAAAUCUGCAAUGAUUGCAUAACAAAUUGACGUCAGCCGGGGCUUCGCUCCACGAGCCUGAUCAUCCUCCGUUCCCUUUCCCACCACCUUUCCUACCCGGCAUUUGUGUCGUAACGUACGUAGCCGUGUGCGAUUCAAACUGCGCGCCACGAACUACAGCAAGAGGGCGCUUAGACGCAGUGCACCACACCCCUAAGUAUGCUAAUUAAUAUUGUAACCCUUUUUCUUUCAUUCUUUUGCCCCAGUGUUUUGUUGCAGUUUAAUCAUGUGUUUCUUCAAUUUAAAUAUUACAUUAUUAUAAAACUAUAGACGUUGCCCGGGCGGACCCGAAUAGGCACGGACUUGGACGAGGGUAGGAAUGUUUUAUAUAAAUUCUCAAUAACGACGUAAACAUUAAUGUACUUUAAAUUGCCAGUAAUUUUUAUAUAUUUAUUAAUGUAAUCUAUUAUUUACUUAACUUUCGCCGGUACACGGAAUCGCAGAAUGUUGUAACGGUAAUUGUGUUGGCGCGAAGGGCGCCAUGUUGCCACCUGCAAACCAUGAUCUCAGCCCAGUCUCCUUCUACAGCCGGCCGAAAGCGGACGUCUCUGUCGACACCCCGAUGACAUCACCGUUGAGUCACUGAGUAAUAAUUCCAUAGUUUAAUUUAUUCGAAUCUCUUUCUUUUCAUCCUCGGGGCCCCUCUCGGUCGGAGAGACUGUAUAAAUAUUUAAUAUUAACUCCUCGGUAUUUUUCGGUAACAUCAUUGUAAUACGUAACGACUUGGGGCGGCCACGUGCGUGGCUCGCCUCCUCGCCUAAGCCGAUUCGUGCCUCGGGCGUUUUCUCAGUUGUACCAGUGAAGGAACGUGUACGGAUAUAAAUCGUGAGUAAAAUAAAUCAAUUAACUGUGUUACGUGUCUUUGUGUUCGGGGGGACCACGUGGGACCCCAACCUGGCCGGCGGCGUGUGGGGCGCUCUGAGAACCCACUGCGUAUUAGAAGCGUGCCCGACGCUGAGAGCGGGCUUAGGUAGGGUCGAGAGCAGCGCGUUUAAUAUCUAGAGGGCCAAGUAUCUCGCCGCACACGGGCCACGUAACGCCCUGGGUUAGAGUCUCUCGCCGGGUCCACGUGCCCACUCACGUGGUGGCGCCCACUAUUUAGUACCGACAAUUUCUCCAUAACACCGUACGCCCUCAAAUGGCGCCCAAGAGCGUGUGGCAAGAUAUUCGACGUGUCGUGAAUACCAGGCCCACACGAGUUAGCGCGUGUUAGGCGGUUGUGCACCGGAGCGCGAGAGACAACGGUACCGAGCGGCCACGUGACCAGCCGAGCGCGCGCGCUUCCGAGAAUUCGCAGCGAGCAGCCAGGUGGCUGCAUUCCUGGCAACAACAACAACUCAGGCAGUGUGUGUGUGUAGCGCCAACCGCGUCGCGUCGCGUAGCGAGGAGAAGAGAGACAAUCGACCGGUCUCACCACCACACAGCAAUGUCGGACAAUCACGGACUUAACAACAAUCCGGGCGCGAUUCAGGCAAGUGAGUUGUUUAAAAAGAAUAACUUGUAUUGUGUUAUGUGCGCGUGACCGCGCCAGAUGAGCGGGACGGCGGGAACCUCCUGGAUGGACACGUGCGUGUGCUUAGGGCAGUAUGACGUACCACGGUAUCACGAGCAGGCGGUACGGGCGGAGCAAUACGGGCCGGAACACGGGAAGUGCACGGGCGCGGAAUGCGGCGGAGACGUGCGGGGAGGAGGCUGGUGCCGGAACUGUCGCGCGUUCAAGCACACGGCAUGCUUCACGAAAACCGAAAUCACCUCGUUUCAGGACGGGUGGUACACGUGCCAAUGGUGUCACCAUGCGAGGCGAGCGAGCGUGCCGAGUCACAGCCCGGUGAGGGACGUCGCCGACACACCACGUGGCAAGACACCCCUUGUAGGCCACGUCGAGCUGCCGGAGUUCGCCGGGAGGACCAGCAACGACCCGCGAAAAUUCGUGCGCGUGUGCCAAGAAUGUCUGAGCCGCUACGGAGUCCCGGAGUGCGAGUGGGCGGACAGGGUCGGCAGCACGCUUAAGGCGACGCCAAGACGUGGUGGCAGAUCACCCACGAGUACGACAUGCCAUGGGCGGAGUUUGCAAGGCAGUUCGAGACAAGAUUUGCUGACGUUAAGGCGGAAAUGAGAGUGCGGGCGGAGCUGUACUGCCUCGAGCAAGGGGCGACGAAGACGGCGGAGGCGUUCGUCAUCAAGAAAAUACGUCUACACAAGCGGCUGUGCCCCGACGGAGAGCCGACAGAGGUCCUGGAGCGGGCGGUGGAGCUGAUGCGCCCGGAACUUAGGCCACAUCUGCGCCUGCUGACGCGAUGCUCGGCCGAGGAGUUCGUCCAGCAUGCCCGCGCCGUAGAUCAAGACCUGCGGGCCGCGAGGCCGACCAGGGACAUCACACCCUCCAGAGGCAAGCAGGAGGACGUGGCGCCCGCCGAUACCAAGGCACUGGUGCCCUACGUCACACCCACUCGGAGCGACACCCGGCGCGACGAGUCCGGGUCAGGCGGCUCUCUCCAGCCGGCAUGGCGGAGGCGUACUCCUGACGGCAGCCAACCACCGCAGUGCCACACGUGCCCGCCCGGUACGCGGCACUGGCACGAGGACUGCCCGGUGCGGAACAAGUUCCGGCCCGACAUCAUGAACAGACGGCCGUCGGGAAACGGGCGGCAGGGGGCGGCGAACUGAAACGGCUCACCCCCCCCCCCCCCCGCCACGCUCAACAACAGCGGACCAACAACGGCGGGGCCUCUCCUGGGUCACGUGGGAGCAGCGGAAGCAGACCUGUUGCGGAUCCCGGUGGUUGUCAACGGGCGCGCAGUCCACGCGCUUGUUGACACCGCCGCCAGCCAUAACUGCGUGGCCGCGCGCGUGAUCGGCCUGGCCGACGUUGAGUCGCGCCCAGGCCAACUCCACCUGGCCACCACGGGAGACGUCUGCCACACCCGGGGCGUCGCGAUGCUGGAGGUGGACGUGCAGGGCCACCGAUCCACCACAACGGCGCUGGUCGUGGAGCGGCUGCGCGACGACGUCAUCCUGGGGCUGCCCUGGCUCUACGAGCAGCACGCCGCCAUCGACGUCCGGGCCGGAUGCGUGCACGUCGGCACCCAGGGACGGCGCACCAUCCACGGGCUGGGUAGGCCGACUCCACCAGCAGUAAACAAGGUAUGUGCAACA